AUGGACGAGCAGGGGAGGGGAUGCUGUCCGUCGAUGGAUCUGAUGCGGUCGGAGCCUAUGCAACUCGUUCAACUCAUCAUCCCCAUAGAGUCCGCUCAUCUCGCCGUCUCUUACCUCGGUGACCUCGGCCUUGUCCAGUUCAAAGACCUGAAUGCAGAAAAAAGUCCGUUCCAGCGAACCUAUGCCAUUCAGAUUAAAAGAUGUGGAGAAAUGGCGCGGAAGUUAAGAUUUUUCCGGGACCAGAUGUCAAAAGCAGGGCUGCCACCUGCAGCAAGGUCUGAGCCACAUGCAGCUGCUAGUUUAGACGACCUGGAGGUUAAGCUUGGAGACCUUGAGGCAGAAUUAGUUGAAAUAAAUGCUAAUGGGGAAAAGUUACAGCGAUCCUACAAUGAACUAGCAGAAUACAAGCUUGUUAUACUGAAGGCUGGUGAAUUUUUUCACUCUGCCCUUAGCAGUGCUGAGGCUCAUCAAAGGGAAUACACAUCAAAUCAAAGUGGUGAGGAGUCCUUGGAAACACCAUUGCUAACUGAGCAGGGAGCAGCAAUUGAUCCUUCCAAGCAAGUCAAGCUGGGAUUUAUCACAGGACUUGUCCCCAGGGACAAGUCCAUGGCUUUUGAGAGAAUUUUGUUCCGAGCUACCAGGGGUAAUGUGUUUUUAAAACAGGCUACUGUGGAUGAAAAGGUCAUUGAUCCUGUAUCAGGAGAAAAGGUUGAGAAGAAUGUGUUCGUGGUCUUCUUUUCUGGAGAGAGAGCUAAAAACAAAAUUCUCAAAAUAUGUGAAGCUUUUGGAGCAAAUCGCUACUCGUUUAGUGAGGACCUGGGCAAGCAAUCUCAAAUGAUCACGGAGGUCUCCGGGAGGCUGUCAGAAUUAAAGACUACCAUAGAUACAGGACUUGUUCAUCGUGGUAAUUUGCUACAAAGUAUUGGAGAACAAUUUGAGCAGUGGAACUUCUUGGUGAGGAAGGAGAAAGCCAUUUACCAUACCCUGAAUAUGCUCAGCAUUGUUGUCACCAAGAAAUGUCUUGUUGCGGAAGGAUGGAGUCCUGUGUUUGCGACGAAGGAGAUCCAGGGUGCCUUACAUAAGGCAACCCUCGACUGCAACUCACAGGUUGACGCGAUUUUCCAAGUCCUGCGUACACGCGAGAUGCCGCCAACCUAUUUUAGAACUAACAAAUUCACUUCACCUUUCCAAGAGAUAGUCGAUGCUUAUGGAGUGGCUAAAUAUCAAGAAGCAAACCCUGGCGUAUUCACUAUUGUCACAUUUCCAUUUCUUUUUGCUGUCAUGUUUGGAGACUGGGGACAUGGCAUAUGCCUUCUGCUUGCUACAUUAUUUUUUAUUGUGAGGGAGAAAAAGCUCUCCAGUCAGAAACUUGGUGAUAUCAUGGAAAUGACUUUUGGAGGGCGUUAUGUAAUUAUGUUGAUGUCCCUAUUCUCAAUUUACACUGGGUUGAUCUAUAAUGAGUUUUUCUCUGUGCCGUUUGAACUGUUUUCUCCUUCAGCAUAUGUUUGUCGUGAUCCAGCUUGCAGGGAUGCUACUACUGUGGGCUUGAUCAAGGCACGUGACACUUACCCAUUUGGAGUGGAUCCCGCGUGGCAUGGUACACGCAGUGAGCUUCCAUUCCUUAACUCACUAAAAAUGAAAAUGUCAAUCCUACUUGGAGUUGCCCAGAUGAACCUGGGAAUAAUAUUGAGCUAUUUUAAUGCCCAGUUCUUCAAGAAUAGCAUAAAUACAUGGUUCCAAUUUAUUCCACAGAUGAUAUUUUUGAAUGCUCUAUUCGGCUACCUUUCGGUCCUUAUUAUCGUUAAAUGGUGCACUGGAUCCAAAGCUGAUUUAUAUCACGUGAUGAUCUACAUGUUCCUGAGUCCUACUGAUGAUCUUGGUGAAAACCAGCUUUUCCCUGGUCAAAAGAUGGCUCAGCUUGUGUUAUUACUUUUGGCCCUUGUAUCUGUCCCGUGGAUGCUGCUUCCGAAGCCCUUCCUUUUAAAGAUGCAACACAAUAGGCACCAUGGAGAGUCCUACGAACUCCUCGCAGAUACAGACGAGUCUUUGUCGUCAGGAGCAAAUAACGAUUCCCAUGGUCAUGAGGAGUUCGAAUUCAGUGAAGUUUUUGUGCAUCAGCUGAUACACACAAUUGAAUUUGUGCUCGGGGCAGUUUCAAAUACAGCUUCUUACCUUCGUUUAUGGGCUCUCAGCCUUGCCCACUCGGAGUUAUCCACUGUGUUCUACGAGAAGGUUCUUCUUCUUGCAUGGGGGUACAACAAUGUAGUUAUCCUUAUUGUCGGCAUCAUAAUCUUCAUUUGCGCGACUGUUGGAGUCUUGUUGGUGAUGGAAACUCUUAGUGCAUUUUUGCACGCGUUAAGGCUUCAUUGGGUGGAGUUCCAGAACAAAUUCUACGAGGGAGAUGGGUACAAGUUUUAUCCAUUUGCAUUUGCUUUGCUCGAUCACGAGGAGGAAUGA